AUGGACCAAGCUUCCACCGCACCUACCGACGCCGUGCCUUCGUCAAAACAGCCUCCGCCCGAAAAGCCCGAAGCCGUGAGCCUGCGGACGAAGAUUGUGCUGUCCUUCUGGGCUGUGAUUGUGCUGCUGGGACUUCCAGUAUGGUGGCAGACCACCUCUAUCUACCGUGCCAGCUUGCCAUUGCAGGACAUGCUUGACUGGGCGGAGGGACUUAAUACACCCACAGCCAUUCCAUUGCAUCUUUGGCUCUCUGCCCGGAACCUACCGUGCCCAGACGCUCAACAACUGGUGCAAGAUAUCCAACAAGCCUUGGACGACCUGAACGAGUACCCAACCCUACACCAACGACUUCACCUGGUUACCUCGGGCUCCGCCGGGCCAGGAGCUGGGGAGAAAAAAGGAACAAAAGGAACAAGCUGCGGCGAGGAUCCUGCGUCCCUAAAACACGGAGCUCCCGCGUUGCAGGUAUUUCUUGAACCUACGCAGGACGGCUUCAUGUUCACCCUGGAUCCCGUCACAGCGACUGCCCGUGCCAGUAUACCUCCGGGGGCUGGAGUGAAUGUUGCCAAAACUCUGGCGGAAAGGCUCCAUGCACUAUUCCGAGAAGAACAAAUUGCUGUGGCGCUUCAAACCGUCUCUCUCACCAGUCACAGUCACAACGCACAGGCAUUUCUGAGAUCUCAACCUUACGAUGUCGUCACCAAAGUCGAGAAGCAAAUCAGUCGGGCAUACAAACCGUCUCCAGAAUUCCAUCUCACCUUCUCUCUCCUCACAGCCAGUGGUGCUCCUGCAAAUUGGGAGAUCAACGAAGCUCUCCGAGAUCACAUCGAGCCUCUUGUGCAAGCGCUCUCAUCCGUCGCUGAUUUUGAGAUCACCACCCAGGUGCAACUUUAUUCCACCCUACCUCCCACGAUACAACCCGUUCAUCGAGAAGGCCACAACGGCUCUUUUCUCCAGCAGAACGAUCUGACGGCCUUUGUGAAUUCCGCAGAGUGGCCUCUGGCACCGUCCAUCGGAGAUGGACCUACGCUCCAUUUCAUCCUCUAUAUUCCAGCCAAGGAUCAGAUACCUCUGACUAUCGAGGGAGUCACCGAAAAUUCAUGGCUGAUCCCCCAAUGGGGCGGCAUACAAAUUCUCAAUCCACCUCUGGACCUGCAUCCCGUCCACGGAUACAUGCUUCCUACUCAUCUCCAUCGAGAGCAAUUGCGUUUACCGUUCGAGACGUUUGCUUCGCAAUUGCUAUCGCUACUGGGUGUUUUGCAUCCGGGGGACUCCGUUCAGUCCCGACCACUCCAGCUGCGACUCGAUGCCUACAAACGUCUGUCAGCUCUGACUCUGUAUCUCCAUGCUGCGUCCAGUCUGGGAUCGCUGGCUCGACUGGCUCAACGACUCAGCAAUAUUCCGAUCCCAAGACACGUCGCACAGUUAGUCGACGACUCAAUAGCCAACCUCAAAGCGUGUUGCCAAUUUUCGCAGGAAGGCAGAUUUGAUCUGACCCUGGAUCAUGCCAAAACGGCUUUCAAGGACAGUGAAAAGGCUUUUUUUGACAAAUCCAUGGUUGGCCAGGUCUAUUUUCCUGACGAGCACAAAAUCGCCGUGCUCCUUCCACUUUUGGGCCCGGUCGGAGUUCCGCUGAUUAAGACCUCAUCCGAGGGCUGGGAAUCGGCGUUGUUCGCCAGUGUUGACCUUGUCACGGCGUACAUAGAGCGCAUCUUGGAAGUCAGCGCAACUUUGCAUAUGGUAACCCAGCUCAACCCCGGUGCUCUUUCCAUCGCAGCGAAAAUAGACUCACAACGAGCGCGAGGCAUUGUCCACAGGACGCUUCACGGCAUUCCGAUUCUGAUCAAAAACAAUAUUGCCACUGCUGAUGCCAUCGACAACACAGCUGGCUCUUAUGCGCUCGCCGGCGCCAAGGUUCCUCGAGACACUACUGACGCUACAGCUGCGCCGAUCGUGCCCGUCUUUAAGGCCGCUCUGGAGGUGCUUCGCGCAGCAGGAGCGACUAUCAUUGACAACCCCAACUUCACCGGCUACGAUGCUCUCGAUAAAGGAAACUACUCCAACAUCGUCCUUGAAGCGGAUUCCAUAAGCGAUCUGGCAAAGUACCUCUCGGAGCUCUCGUACAAUCCCAGCCAUGUCUAUUCUGUGGCAGAUGUUCGCAACUUUACCCAUUCAUUCCUUCUGGAAGACUAA